CCACAACCAUAAAAAUACUGCAAAUGUUGCGUCACGUCAGUGAACUUUGAUCUAAAGUUGUGUAAAGACGAAAUAAGCCAACAAAAAAAACACUCAGGUUGAAUAGAUUCACAGGCUGUCAGUCUCUCCUCAGUGCUCAUAUCUGCAUUUAGAAAAGCUAUGGCUGCAAGGAUAAAGAAAAUGAACAACUGACACAACAUGUAGUUGGAUGUUUUCAAAUCGAAAGCUGGUGAGCUAAAACAAGAAAUCUUCAGAUGGACUAGAGUUGAACCGUGUAUCACAGAAGAGCUGGGACAGCAGCGGGCACAAACGGCAGACACUCGUGCAGAAAAAAGCAGAGAAAUCUGGCAGAAGGGGGAAAGGGGGCCAGCUGACUUCUUGAACUUGGACCGGCAGCUUGCACCAUCAUGGACACAGAAACCAGCUCAAAUCGUAAGAACAGCUAUUCACAGCACCAAGACACGGAGCUGUUCUCAUCGGAGGAGGACAGCAGUCUCUACUUCACCUACAGCGGCGGGUGCAACGAGCUGGAGGUCAACAGCCUGCACUAUCAGGUGGACCCAGCAGCUCAGAUCCCCUGGUACGAGAGGCUGUCAGAGUUCAAACUGCCAUGGGAGAUAGAGCAGAACAAGCAGACGGUCAUCGACAACCUCAGUCUCCGAGUACGCAGCGGACAGAUGUUGGCCAUCAUUGGCAGUUCAGGUUGUGGGAAAACGUCUCUGCUGGAUGUAAUAACUUGUCGGGAUGAGGGCGGCACUAUGACAUCCGGUCAGAUUUUAAUCAACGGGAAGCCCAACACGCCCCAUCUAGUGAAGAAGAGCAUCGCUCAUGUCCGUCAAGACGACCGCCUUCUCCCUCACCUCACUGUCCGCGAGACCCUCAGCUUCGUUGCCAAGCUCAGGCUCCCCACCCACUUCACACAAGCUCAGCGGGACCAGAGGGUGGAUGACGUUAUUGCAGAGCUGCGGCUGCGGCAGUGUGCACACACCCGGGUGGGCAACGACUAUGUGAGGGGUAUUUCUGGAGGGGAGAGAAGGAGAGUCAGUAUCGCCGUGCAACUUCUCUGGAACCCUGGUAUUUUAAUCCUGGAUGAGCCCACCUCAGGUUUGGACAGCUUCACCGCCCACAACCUGGUCAUCACCCUGUCCCGUCUGGCCCGGGGCAACCGUCUGAUCCUGCUGUCCGUCCACCAGCCGCGCUCAGAUAUCUUCCAGCUCUUCGAGCUCGUCGUGCUGAUGUCUUCGGGUUCACCCGUCUACUGUGGGCCAGCACAGGACAUGGUUCCUUACUUCACAUCCCUGGGGUACCCCUGCCCGCGAUACUGCAAUCCCUCUGAUUUUUAUGUCGACCUGAUCAGUAUCGAUCGGCGCAGUCCGGAGCGAGAGGCUGAAUGUUUGGAGCGAGCCAGACUCCUGGCUGGGUGUUUCCAGGAAAAGGUCCGAGACACUGAUGACCACAUGUGGAAACCAGCUGAGACCAAUGCGACCCAAGCUGGCAGCUCUCGGCAGCCAAGCAAGAAGAAAGGAGAGGAAGUAAUCACUAUUUCUGGUGACAGAAACAAACUGCCGGGCAGAUUUCACCAGUUUAACACCCUCAUCAGGCGUCACAUGUAUAACGACUUCAGAGACCUGGUCACGUUAUUGGUCCACGGCUUCGAGGCUCUUCUGAUGUCACUCCUGAUUGGUUUUUUGUACUACGGGGCAGGAGAAGAACGCCUGAGCAUUCAGGACACAGUGGCCCUCCUCUACAUGGUCGGAGCUCUCACCCCUUUUGCUGUGGUGCUGGACGUCAUAGCUAAAUGUCACACGGAGAGAGCCAUGCUCUACCACGAGCUGGAGGACGGCAUGUACUCGGUCACACCAUACUUCUUUGCCAAGAUCCUCGGGGAGCUGCCGGAGCACUGUGUUUUCACCCUGGUCUACGGUCUGCCCACCUACUGGCUGGCAGGGCUGAACGAAGCUCCAGACCGGUUCCUGCUCAACUUCUUGCUGGUGUGGCUGAUGGUUUACUGCAGCAGGGCCAUGGCUCUGUUUGUGGCGGCCUCCCUGCCCACCCUGCAGAUCUCCGCCUUCAUGGGCAACGCUCUGUUCACAGUCUUCUACCUGACUGGAGGGUUUGUCAUCAGUCUGGAGAACAUGUGGCUGGUGGCCUCAUGGUUUUCGUACGCUUCGUUCAUGCGUUGGGGUUUUGAUGGGAUGCUGCAAGUGCAGUUCAGCGGAAAUCACUACUCCUUCAACAUAGGAAACUUCACCAUCCCAGUCGACGGCAUAUACGUGGUAGAGGCCUUGAAAAUGAACCAGUAUCCUCUGUUCUCGUGCUACCUGGUCCUGCUGGCGGUCUGUGUGGCCUUCAUGGGGCUCUACUUCCUGUCACUUAAAUUCAUCAAACAGAAGUCCAGUCAAGACUGGUGAAACCCACCGUCAUCUUUAUCUUUAUUAAACAUGUAUUUGCACAA